AGAUGCAAAGUACAACUAUAGUUAAAUGUAAUAUGGACCUUGGCCCACUAAGAUUUCUCUUUAGGAGAAGUCUCGAAUCAACAGGUUACGUACUUGAGGGUAGUUGAUUUGUUAAAAUAGUGGGAGAGUUAUUAGUUAAAGACCUAGCUAAUUACUUAGAUUCUUGAUAUUAACUAUCUUGCAAAUUAUAUGUAGAUGUCUGAUAACAACCAUAACCUCACUCUUUGCUCAAUCCUUGACAAAGAUAAGUUGACCGACUCUAACUUCUUAGACUGGCAAAGAAACCUCGUUAUCGUUCUUCGACUAGAGAAGAAAGAAUAUGUGCUUGAACGAGCCAUCCCACCUGUCCCAUCCGCCAAUGCUUCUAGAGCAAUCAAGGAUACUUAUGAGAAGCAUGUUGAUGAUGACAAUCAAGUGGCAUGUCUCAUGUUGGCUACAAUGACUUCUGACCUUCAGAAACAUCAUGAGAGUAUGAAGGCGUACGAUAUGAUCAUACACCUAAAACAACUCUCCCAAGGACAAGCUAUGAAACACCCUAAUCCGUCCAGGACUGAACUUGCAACUGAUCUGAUUCUACAAUCGUUGCCAGAGUUGUACAAGCAGUUCGUGGUUAAUUACGAGAUGCAUGAACUUGAUAAACCACUGCUAGAACUUUUGAAGAUGCUGCAAACUGCUGAAGAGAGCUUGACGAAAGGAAAGGGGAAUUGUGUCCUUCUAGUUCAAGGAGUAAAAGGCAAGAAGAAGUUCAAAAAGGCAAAGAAGAAUGGGCCUAAAGGAAAGGGUAACACCGAGCCAAAGUCCAAUUCUUCCAAGCUCAACCUAAAGCUUGUUAUCCAAGGGGGACCUCCUAAUCCUCCCUCAAAAGGUGCUGUGCUGUUUCAAGAUAGGCCCUCUACUUCUUGGGCAGCAGAGGUUGUUACUGCCGAGGGUCCCUCUAAGGAAGCUUUUCCAUUGUUGCCGUCCAAGACACAGCCAGUGACCACCAAGCCUCUUACGGUUUGGCAUAAGGGAGGCCCUGGUGGAAAUACUUUUGCUCAAGUUACUGCGCCAAAACAGCCUUUGCAUUCGGUCAUGUCCUUGGCCCCUAUCCCAGCCCUUCCAGAUCGAGACACCACUACACACAGAGGUACACCGUGCAUUAGAUUUUCUGAUAAAGAAGUUGAAGCGUUGGCUUCCAUUGAUCGCUUCUUGUUGGUUGGAAAGUUCUCACAUGGCCAACCUAAGUUGGAGGUUAUCAAGAAACAUUUUGCAGCUCAUUUUAUCCUGCGUGGUACUGUUAUUAUUGGGUGGAGGAGCCCCAAACAUAUUUUUCUUAAGUUCUCAAAUUCACAAGAUGCUAUCGAUAUGCUUCUCAAAGAACAAAUCACUUUUAAUGGUAUUCAUCCUAUGCGGUUAUUUAGAUGGACUAAGGAUUUUGAUCUUGACACUGAAACAUCCAUAGCCCUGGUAUGGGUUUUAUUUCAUGAUUUGCCAUAUCAUUAUUUUAAUGAUAAAGCCCUUGCACUUUUAUGCAAACCCAUUGGGAAAUAUCUUGGAGUGGAUACUGCUACUUUGGAAGGAACUAAGCCGACUUAUGCACGUGUUCGUAUUGAAAUGGAUUUGCUCAAGCCAUUGGUUUCUAAGGUCUUUGUUGGUACUUCUACGGAGAUUGGCAAGGAAGAUGAGGGCUUUCUUCAGUUGGUGGAGUAUGAGAAAAUCCCAUUUUUUUGUACUCAUUGCCGUAGACAAGGCCACUCUGUUGAGAGGUGCAAGUUCUUGGAGGAAUAUAAUGCUUUUGAGAUUCGGAGGAAAGGAAAAGAACAUCUUCAAGAGCCACGACAAAAACAGGAUCGUAGCAAGAGCCGUGGUCGAGAACGUAGCCAGAGUCGUGGUCGGGAGGAGCCAAAAAGAGUGUAUGUGGCUAAGGUAUCUAAUCCGCCUAGUACUGAUCCCAUUUCCUCUCUAAAAUCAUCUAUUGAUGCUCUUCCCGUGGCCAAAGACCCUCCCACAAUCCAUGCUCCAGUCUCUCAAAACCCCAUGUGCAACCUUAUUGUCCCUAUCCCUACUGUACCUGAUUCCCCUAUUACAAACCCUUCCAUUUCCAUGCAAAAACCCACCCCACCCGUUGUUCAAAACCCACCAGCAAACCCCACUCAAAUCCCACAGCCAACCCUUCCCAAUCCUCUGCCUGAAGCCCUCACUGCCAAAAACCCUCAGCCCGUACCCUCCAUGCCAAUGCCCAUGCAGACCCUUCCCAUGCAAACUCCUUCUUCCCUCCAAAACCAAAACCUUCUUCACGCAAGCACACUCAUGCAAAACCCAUCCCAAUCCGUAACCCCUGCCAUGCCAACUCCCUCACAUACCCAGCCCAUGCAAAACACCCCCCAAAUUCCUUCUGUUAAUUUGCAACAACCUCAGUCAACCCAAACCCAACACCCACACCUCCAAACCAUGCAAACCCUUCCCAUGCAACCCCAAAACCCCAUUCAACCUUUUCCCAUGCAAACCCCACCCUCCCUUCCCCUGUUUGACCGAAACGCCUCUAAAAACUCUUCUAAAAAUUUCAUUGCCGAGGCCGUAGCUUCUUAUAAGUCGGGGUUGUUGUCCCAAGUUGCCCUUCUCAAAAUCUUGCACGAAGGCCCGGCUUCUACCGCUGUACCACCUACGUUUCAGCCAGAGACCCCCUCGGGAUAUUCCUCUGAGCCUGAAGGAAAGGUUGGUUUUAAGGAUUUAGAUGACGCGGACAUAGCGGUUGAGGAAAAAGGAACAUCUGAGGAACGUCAGUGUUCCUCUCUGAUAAUAGUGGAUUGCGUGGCCAAUGAUGACAAGGUGAUAGCCAAUUCGGCCCCUCCUAUUUCUCGUCCUAUUGACCUUUACGGGGAGAUUCACUUCUAUCCAGUUGAUGAGCAAGGUUAUAUUAUCCCGGUUACUAAGCACGAUGAGGAUUAUCGUUCUAUGAAAGUAUUGAAGACGCGUGCAUUGGAGCUCAUUAGUAACAAUUGGGAGGCAGAUUUUAAAAAGGUGGAUUACGCACGCCACCCAGCGUUGAAAGAGGCCAUGCGAUGGGCUCGCAGAAGAUUUUAAAGAAUCCCCCUAGAUGCUGAGUUCUGGGGCCUAUGCUUUUCCUAGCCUUCGAACCACAUAUUUUAUCUCUCAUGGACUUUUUGUUCUCGCCUUUGGGCCUUUAUAUUUUAUCCGUUGGGACUUCUCUAGAUUAGCAUAUUUAGCUUUUCUCUAUUUUGUGGGUGAGUGGGAGUUAUGUUCCCUCUCCCUUAUCUUUUAUUUCAUUAUUUUGUUUUUGGGUGAGUUGGAGACUUGUUCCUUCCACCCCUUUCUUUAUUUAUGCGAAUAAAACUGCUUUUCUUUA